CCCUGACAUUCAAAAGAAACGCUGCAGGUACGGAGAGCUUUUUUCCUGUAGCGACAGGGACAACAAAUCCCAUUUCACUGUUUGGCUUAAGCCCACCCAAUUCUUCAGCAUCCACCACUAUGACAUCCACGAACUUGUUCUCGGUUUACUUCCUGUUAAUAAAUUUAUAUUCUGCUGUAUUAAGCAAGGAUAUAAGCGACAAUCUACAAGGAAGUGUUUCAGAGGAAGCACUAAGGCAGCGGAGCAGAGGACACAGGCGGCCCUUCUACGUUAUUGGACACAUGGUGAAUUCACUGGAAGAGGUGGACAACUUUAUUGAGAACGGGGCCAACGCUAUCGAGGCUGACAUCGAGUUCGCGGACGAUGGCACUGUGCAGGGCACGUUCCACGGCGCCCCUUGCGACUGCUUCCGCGGCUGCUUCAAGCGUGAGACCAUCGUGGACUACUUGGAGUACAUUAGAGACGCAACUGGCUACGAUGAUUCAAGAUACAAAAACAAGUUGACUGUACUGCUGCUGGAUUUAAAGACAGCCAAGCUAGGGCAAUCAGCAAAAAAGAAAGCAGGAUUAACUCUGGCGAUGAAUCUCUGGGAACACCUAUGGGAAGGCGUCCAUCCGGAGCAAAUGGUGAACGUCGUGGUUUCUAUUGGGUACGUGAAAGACAAGAACGUCCUCAAAAGCAUUCUAACAUAUUUCAACAAGAAAGGAAGGAGACACGUUUUCGACAAACUAGGUUUCGACGUGGGCAUGAACGACCCACUGGAUAAGAUUGGGCGGAUGUACAAGCAGCUGGGCAUCAAGGGGCAUCGGUGGCAAGGGGACGGUCUCUCCAACUGCGUGCGCUUCCUGGUGCCUGUUGACCGACUGGUAGAGGCGGUCAAGGCCCGCGACAGCCACAAAGGGUACAUGGAGAAGGUGUACCACUGGACGGUCGACCUGCCGCACUUCAUCAGGAAAAGCAUCGACCACGGCAUUGACGGGAUCAUCACGAACCGCCCGGACAACGUGCUGUACGUACUCAACAGCGCGCCCUACAAGGAUCAUCUCAUAGUUGCCGACGUCAAUGACAGUCCCUGGACACGGUACGACGAGGAGAUGCCAAAAAACGAUACGGACUACGCCACAGAAGUUCUUGGUGGAGAGGAGGAAGGAGAAGGCAAAAGACGCUCUUGGUCGAACCAGAUAACUUCGUUAUGGACACAGUAGAAGUCGGCGCCGUACUUGUGUUUUCUAUGACGGACUUAGAGUUGGCGUCGUUCAUGAGUGUCGUGGGUGCUUUUUCAGACGCUUAAUGACGCGCUGUGCGACGUCGGCGCGCGUCCCACGACACGAGACAAUAACAAAAGGCCGGCGUUUUGGUUGUGCAACGAGUGUGCAUAGUUAGGUUUGAAUGAAUAUAAAUCAACCUCUGCUACACGCUUAUUAAUCUACAGACCUUCCAAAGCAAAGUCGCCGUUGAAGACACCGUCAUUGUUUGUUUGUUUGUUUGUUUGUUUGCUUGUUUGUAUGCUUGUUUGCUUGUUUGUAUGCUUGUUUGUAUGCUUGUGUGUUUGCUUGUAUGCUUGUUUGCAUGUUUGUUUGUGUGUUUGUUUUCCACUGUAGGGUCUGCGUUGAAAUAAUCUAAUAUCUCAAGCCAUCGGUGACAUCCCCCCAUUUGUAGACAACAUUCCUGAGAAAAAGGGAGAAAGCAACUUUUAUAUGCAAAAGUAUCAAAGUUCAUGAGCCGAGGGUGGGAGAUUGCUGAGAACAACCGAUAAGCGCGCCAUGCUUCAUUAACGACUGCAAAAGGAGCCCUGUGGCUGAGUUUGUCGCCAGUUUGAUUAGUUCAUCGCCAGAUGGAGACACCCUUACGGUAUUAAUAGAAGCACCCUUAUUUCACUAAAGCUCUUAAGGAAGAGUGUUUGGCUGAAGUACGAGUGAAAUGAAAGAAAGGCGUCGCCCCCCAGCUCGUUACAAUUUCAACGGCCUACGUGUCGUUUAUUAGCAUUAGCACAUAAACCGAAUCAAAGGACAAGGAAUUUAUUCAUAAAGAGGUCACGAAAGGAAAUCCUGAAUGUGGAUUUGAAUUCAGGAACUUCACGUGAAAACCAGACACCCUAUCCACUGCUCUACACAGAAGCCACGUUUGCAGCGCUUUUUGAAAGUGUGGUAUCUAUAUGAAUAAAUUGUCUGGAAUCUCAAA